AUGCUGGCCGCCUCCUUCCUCCGUCGGAGCCUGCUGCUCUGCUGGCUCGCUGCCCCCCGGGCCGCCGGGCCGGAGCCGCUGUUCCACAGCCGGGACCGCUCGGACCUGGAGCCGCCCCCGCUGCGCCGGGCCCAGCCCAUCGCGGACGUCCUCGCCGCGCAGCGCUUCCUGUCCAAUUACGGCUGGGCCGACGCCCCCCCCGGGCCCGCUCCCGGACCCCCUGCCCCGCCGCGCCGCCCGCUUGCCCCCGGUGCCAACUCCCUGUCCGAGGCCGUGCGCAGUUUCCAUAAUGUCAACGCGCUGCCUGCGAGCGGGCGGCUGGACGCGGCCACGCUGGCGGCCAUGAACAGGCCGCGCUGCGGCGUCCCCGACACGCGGCCGCCGGCGUCCCCGCCGCCCCGGGUGCGGCCCAAGCGCUUCGCGCGGCCGCUACCGCCACGGAGCCCGCGGCCCGAGGACGACGCGCCCCGCGGGGACACCCGGGCCUUCGCCAAGAGGACGCUGACGUGGCGGCUGCUGGGGGAGGGCGCCAGCGGCCAGCUGUCCGUGGACGAGCAGCGGCACAUCCUCAGACUGGCCUUCAGGAUGUGGAGCGAGGUGACGCCGCUGGACUUCCGGGAGGACCUCGCCGCCCCAGGGGCCGCGGUGGACAUAAAACUGGGGUUCGGACGAGGCCGGCACCUGGGCUGUCCCCGGGUUUUUGAUGGCAGCGGGCAGGAGUUUGCACACGCCUGGCGCCUGGGCGACAUCCACUUUGACGAUGAUGAGCACUUCACACCUCCCAGCAGUGAUGCGGGCAUCAGCCUUCUCAAAGUGGCCGUCCAUGAAAUUGGCCACGUACUCGGCCUGCCUCACACGUACAGGACAGGAUCCAUAAUGCGGCCGAAUUAUACUCCCCAGGAGCCUGCGUUUGAGCUGGACUGGUCGGACAGAAAAGCCAUUCAGAAGCUGUACGGUUCGUGUGAAGGGUCGUUUGAUACCGCAUUUGACUGGAUUCGCAAAGAGAGAAACCAAUACGGAGCAGUGAUGAUGAGGUUUAGCACGUAUUUCUUCCGCAACGGCUGGUACUGGCUUUACGAAAAUCGAAACAGCCGGACACGCUACGGGGACCCCAUCCGAAUCCUCAGUGGCUGGCGCGGAAUCCCAACACAAAACAUAGACGCUUUUGUCCACCUCUGGACGUGGAGAAGAGACGAACGCUAUUUCUUUAAAGGAAAUCAGUACUGGAGAUACGACAGCGACAGGGAUCAGGCCUACACGGAGGAUGAACAAGGGAGAAGCUACCCCAGAUUGAUUUCGGAAGGAUUUCCUGGCAUUCCAAGUCCUCUGGACACUGCCUUUUAUGACCGGAGAAAACAGUUAAUUUACUUCUUCAAAGAGUCCCUCGUGUUUGCAUUUGAUGUCAACAGAAAUCAAGUACUUGAUUCUUAUCCAAUGAAGAUUACUGAGGUAUUUCCAGGAAUAGAGCCACAAAACCAUCCUUUCAGAAAUAUAGAUUCAGCCUAUUACUCCUACGCACACAACUCCGUUUUCUUGCUCAAAGGCAAUGCGUACUGGAAAGUGGUUAAUGCCAAGGACAAACAGCACCAGCCUUGGCUUCCUUCAAAUGGCUUAUUUCCAAAGCAGCCCAUCUCAGGGAGGUGGUUUGACAUUUGUGACGUCCAUGCCUCCACCCUCAACAUGUAA